AUGGUGCGAUGUGAUUUGUUGCCCAAGCGCACGGACUGGACGGGAAAGGAGCAUCCCAGGAGCUACGAGAGCCUAGUAAAAUACUACAGACACUUGGCGCCUGAUCACCUACUUCAAAUAUGCCAUCGACUGGGACCACUUCUUGAACAAGAAAUUCCUCAGAGUGUUCCAGGAGUUCAAACCUUAUUAGGGGCUGGAAGACAGUCUUUGCUUCGAACGAAUAAAAGUUGCAAGCAUGUUGUGUGGAAGGGAUCUGCUCUUGCUGCAUUGCACUGUGGAAGACCUCCAGAGUCUCCAAUAAACUAUGGCAGUCCACCUAGUAUAGCUGAAACUCUCUUUUCAAGAAAACUAAAUGGAAAAUACAGGCUUGAACAUCUUGUUCCAACUGCUGUGUAUCAACAUAUGAAAAUGCACAAGCGAAUCCUAGGGCACUUGUCUUCAGUAUAUUGUGUAACAUUUGAUCGGACAGGCCGACGAAUAUUCACGGGUUCUGAUGAUUGUCUUGUGAAAAUCUGGGCGACAGACGAUGGAAGGUUGCUUGCUACUUUAAGAGGACAUGCAGCUGAAAUAUCUGAUAUGGCGGUUAAUUAUGAGAAUACGAUGAUUGCUGCAGGAAGCUGUGACAAGAUGAUCAGAGUGUGGUGUCUUCGAACUUGUGCCCCUUUGGCUGUUUUGCAAGGCCACAGUGCAUCCAUAACGUCACUGCAGUUUUCUCCACUGUGCAGUGGCUCAAAGCGUUACCUGUCUUCAACUGGGGCAGAUGGCACAAUAUGUUUUUGGCUGUGGGAUGCUGGCACCCUUAAAAUAAAUCCAAGGCCAACAAAGUUUACAGAACGUCCAAGACCUGGAGUCCAAAUGAUCUGCUCUUCUUUUAGUGCCGGUGGAAUGUUUCUGGCCACUGGAAGUACAGAUCACAUCAUUAGGGUUUAUUUCUUUGGAUCAGGUCAGCCAGAGAAGAUAUCAGAGUUGGAGUUUCAUACUGACAAAGUGGACAGUAUUCAGUUUUCCAACACUGGUAAUCGAUUUGUCAGUGGAAGUCGUGAUGGGACAGCACGUAUCUGGAUGUUCAAGAGAAGGGAAUGGAAGAGUAUUUUGUUAGAUAUGGCUACCCGUCCUGCAGGACAAAACAUACAAGGAGUAGAAGACAAAAUUACGAAACUGAAAGUUACUAUGGUGGCAUGGGAUCGUCAUGACAAUUCUGUUAUUACUGCCGUUAAUAAUAUGACUUUGAAAGUUUGGAAUUCCUUCACUGGCCAACUUAUUCAUGUUCUUAUGGGCCAUGAAGAUGAGGUUUUUGUACUUGAGAGUCAUCCUUUUGAUCCUAGAGUUCUCUUCUCUGCUGGUCAUGAUGGAAAUGUGAUAGUAUGGGAUUUGGCAAAAGGAGUAAAAAUUCGAUCUUACUUCAACAUGAUUGAGGGACAAGGACAUGGGGCAGUUUUUGACUGUAAAUGUUCUCCUGAUGGCCAGCAUUUUGCAUGCACGGAUUCUCAUGGUCAUCUUCUGAUCUUUGGUUUUGGCUCCAGUAGCAAAUAUGACAAGAUAGCAGAUCAGAUGUUCUUCCACAGUGACUAUCGGCCUCUUAUACGUGAUGCCAACAACUUUGUUUUGGAUGAACAGACACAACAGGCACCACAUCUCAUGCCUCCUCCCUUUUUAGUCGAUGUUGAUGGUAACCCCCAUCCAUCAAGAUACCAGAGAUUAGUACCAGGUCGUGAAAACUGUAGAGAGGAGCAACUUAUUCCUCAGAUGGGAGUAACUUCCUCAGGGCUGAACCAGGUCUUGAGUCAACAAGUAAGCCCUUUGGACAGCAUGAUACAAAGACUUCAGCAGGAGCAAGAUCAGCGAAGGUCUGGAGAGGCUGGAACUAGUCAUACAAAUAGAAUUGGCAGAGGCUCUGUAAACCCUACCUCAGAAGUACAUUCACCACCAAAUGUGGGAUUGAGGCGCAGUGGACAAAUUGAGGGAGUGCGACAGAUGCACAGUAAUGCACCAAGGAGUGAGAUAGCAACUGAACGGGACCUGGUAGCAUGGAGUCGAAGAGUUGUGGUGCCAGAGCUGUCAACAGGAGUAGCCAGCAGGCAAGAAGAAUGGCGAACAGCAAAAGGAGAAGAAGAAAUAAAGAUAUAUAGAUCAGAAGAGAAAAGAAAACACAUCACAAGUCAUGUUCUAAGAGAAAACAAAAUACCUUCUUUGCCCAAGAAUCAUUCUAAUGAUCAUAUAGUAGAUGCUGGUGAUUCAAAAAAACAGCAGUCCAACCAACAUAGCUACCGUACUAGAUACGCAUUAGAAGAAACUGCCAGACCAAAUGAGGAUAUGGAAAAUGGAAGCAGUUCCUCAGAUGAAGGAGAAGUGGUUGUUGCCAGUGGUGGGACAUCUGAAGAUGAGGGGAGAGCGUGGCACAGUGAUGGCAGUUCUAGUGAUUAUUCUAGUGAUUAUUCUGAUUGGACAGCGGAUGCUGGAAUUAAUCUGCAGCCCCCAAAGAAAGUUCCCAGAAUUAAGACUAAGAAAGUAGAGAGCAGCUCAGAGGAUGAGGAAGGUCCAGAAAAACAAAGGCAAAAGCAAAUCAGAAAGGAAAGGAAAAAAGGUAUUGAAGAUAAAGAUGGUCCAACAUCACCAAAGAAAAGGAAACCCAAAGAGAGAAAACAAAAGAGACUGCCUGUUUUAGCAGAAAAUGGUUUGACGCUGGAAGAAUGGCUGCCUUCAGUAUGGAUUACAGAUACUGUUCCUCGCAGAUGUCCAUUUGUACCACAAAUGGGAGAUGAGGUCUACUAUUUCCGACAAGGCCAUGAGGCAUAUGUUUUAAUGGCAAAAAAGAACAAAAUAUAUAGUAUUAAUCCCAAAAAGCAACCAUGGCAUAAGAUGGAACUACGGGAGCAAGAGCUGAUGAAAAUAGUUGGAAUAAAAUAUGAAGUUGGGCUGCCUACACUUUGCUGCCUUAAACUUGCCUUUCUUGACCCAGAUACUGGUAAAUUGACAGGCGGAUCUUUCACAAUGAAGUAUCAUGAUAUGCCAGAUGUUAUAGAUUUCCUAGUCUUAAGGCAACAGUUUGAUGAUGCAAAACACAGGCGAUGGAACAUAGGUGAUCGAUUUAGGUCUGUCAUUGAUGAUGCCUGGUGGUUUGGAACGAUAGAGAGUCAAGAGCCCCUUCAACCUGAUUAUCCUGACAGUUUGUUUCAGUGCUACAAUGUCUGUUGGGACAAUGGAGAUACUGAGAAAAUGAGUCCUUGGGAUAUGGAGCCUAUACCAAACAAUGCUGUGUUUCCAGAGGAGCUUGGAACUAGUGUUCCUUUAACUACUGCUGAGAGCAGAUCAUUAUUAUACAAACCUCUGGAUGGAGAAUGGGGUUCUAGGACUCGCGAUGAUGAAUGUGAAAGAAUCAUAUCGGGAAUAAACCAGCUGAUGACACUAGACAUUGCUUCUGCUUUUGUGGCUCCCGUGGAUUUCCAAGCUUAUCCCAUGUACUGUACCGUUGUUGCAUAUCCUACUGAUCUCAGUACAAUUAAGCAAAGACUGGAAAAUAGAUUUUACAGGCGACUUUCUUCACUUAUGUGGGAGGUUCGGUACAUAGAGUAUAAUACACGGACGUUCAAUGAACCAGGAAGUCCCAUUGUCAAAUCAGCCAAGUUUGUCACAGAUCUUCUACUGCACUUCAUCAAAGAUCAGGCUUGCUAUGACAUAAUUCCACUUUAUAAUGCUAUGAAGAAGAAAGUCUUGUCUGAUUCAGAAGAGGAGGAAGAAAAGGACAUAAAUAUGCCAGGCACUUCCACAAGAAAGAGGAAGGAUCAUCAGCCAAAGCGGAGGCUUCGUAACAGAGCUCAGUCAUAUGAUAUUCACUCAUGGAAGACACAGUGCCAGGAAUUGUUAAAUCUGAUCUUUCAAUGUGAGGAUUCUGAACCUUUCCGCCAACCAGUAGAUCUUCUUGAAUAUCCAGAUUACAGAGACAUCAUUGAUACACCAAUGGAUUUUGCAACAGUUCGAGAAACACUUGAAGCAGGGAAUUAUGAGUCACCAAUGGAGUUGUGUAAAGAUGUGAGACUGAUCUUCAGCAACUCCAAAGUCUAUACACCAUGCAAAAGAUCAAGGAUUUACAGCAUGAGUCUUCGCCUCUCUGCCUUCUUUGAGGAACACAUCAGUUCCAUUUUAUCAGAUUACAAAUCUGCUUUGCGCUUUCAUAAGAGAACCACAAUUAAAAAAAGAAGAAAGAAAAGAAGUAGAAGCAGUUCACUUUCAAGUAGUGCUGCAUCAAGUCCGGAUAGGAAACGGAGAUUAAUCAAGCCACAGCUGAAAGCUGAACCCCUUGCUUCACCUUCAUCCUCUGCCCCUGCACGUUCAGCAGCCCUGAGAAAUGUCACUGCCCAGAUGAAUGGAAAAGCAGCAGACCCUGUGGCUGUAGUCCGAACAAGGAGUACUAGGGCAGGAACAGAAAUGGCGGUGAAUGAGCAGCCUUCUACAUCUUCAGGAGGCAAGCCUUUAGCUGUGAAGCCUAGUGGCACUGUUGCAUCAGGGAAAGCAGUACUCGAGAAUUCCAACAAACAUUCCAAGAGCCAAAGUCUUUUACUGGUUCCUAGUCAAACCAAUUCCACUCACAACACUAGAAACAACAGUGCAAGAGAAAAUGUGGAGAAGGAUAAACAGAUCAAACGUAAAUCGAAAUCUGUCAGUGUCAGCUCACAGGAUUGCAAGGAUAAUGCCAUCGCUUUAGCCACAGGAAGCAUCCAGGUAAAUGGACAUGGGGGACAGUCUUCAAAGCCCAUGUUUAAGAGAGGUCCUGGAAGGAAACCGAAGGUUGAAACUAACAACACUAGUUGUGAACUGGUGCAUAAGAAACGAGGGAGGAAACCAAAAAACCUGUUACUUAGUCAGCAAAAGAAAUUAGGGCAGAAUAUAGUCCAAGCUGCUAAAGACUUGCCAGCUGAGGAAGCAUCUGUUUCCACUGCUUCCAAUUAUUUUUCUGAAAAUAAUGUGAAGGAAGACUUGCUACAAAGGAAAGGACGUGGAGGCAGAAAACCGAAAAGAAAGCUAGAGGAGGAGCAGCAGCCAGAACUGGAGCUUAAAUUUUCUGCAGAUCCCAAGAUUCAGACAAGAAGCAAGAGGAAAAAGAUAGAUGGGCCUGUUGAAGAAGAAGAGCUUGAGGAAUUGAAAGAUUCUGAACCCCACAUGAGAACUAGAAAUCAGGGUAGGAGGACAGCUUUUUAUAAUGAAGAUGACUCAGAGGAGGAACAAAGACAGCUGUUGUUUGAAGACACCUCUUUGACUUUUGGGACAUCUAGCAGAGGCAGAGUCCGAAAGUUGACUGAGAAAGCAAAGGCUAAUCUGAUUGGUUGGUAACUUCUGCAUUAAAAAAUGCUAAAUAAUAGGUACAACUGAGGAUAUAGUAGAAUGGAGGAGAUCUGCUUUCUGCUGCUAUUUACAGAUGAGAGUAUGCUCUGAUUUGGAAAAGUACAGCAAAAAACAUGUUGAAGAUUUCUUUGGAAGAAGUUAUGUAUUUUAAAAGUUUGCUAUUUAUUACCCUCCAAGUAGGUUUUGCAUUUCAAUUCACUUCAGUUGGUAUCGAAGAUUGUACAAAUGAAAACCUUGAUUUGCAGAAAUAUUACUGUAAUUUUGAACAGUACACAACCGCUAUUUCAUUAAAAUAAGAGAAUUUUUAAAGUAACAAACUGAGAACAGAACUCCUAUUUUUGAACGAGAAGGUACAGUACAUUUGUAUAGAGUGUAGCAUCUGUGUUUUGCAAGCUGUUAGCAGAGGAUGGCAGUGAGUGCCAUUGAGAACAAAUGCAAAAUUACCACACUUUGCUAGUAAGGUAACAUUUAAUUCAGUAGUGAUGGGGCACACAAAAGCUUUGUCCAAACAAAUGUAGUGCAGGUUGUUUUGUCUAGGUUCUGCCAGAGAGAAAUCACAGUUAUAUAGAUAUAUAUAUAUAUAUUUAUAUAUAUCCACAUUGGAAAAAGUUUGACUAAUAUGUCUAAUUUUUCAGACUUUUCAUUCUCGUAUCAAUCAAAUCUCUGUUUCUUGUGCCAAAGAUUGAGAACCGGUGCAGUGGAAGUUUUGAGUGGCAAUGCAGCAUACAGUUUUCAGUUCUGUUUAUGACUCCAUGUUCAAAAUAUAGAUUGUUCUGGAAAAUUAUCCCUACUGGUACUUUGUAGUUAAAACAGUUAAUGCACUGGUGGGAUCCUUUGACAGAUAUUUGAGCAAAAUUUAUUGUUGGGUUUAAAGGGUCAAAGAAACUGCAGGAAAAAAGUAUGAGGUGUUUAUGUUACAAUCAGAUUGAUUGUUUCUGCAAAUUGUGUUAAACUGACUAAAAUUUCUUUCAAAAGUGUAUGUGUAUGUAUAUAUUGACUAUGUACACAAGCACAUAAAUAUAUACAAUAUUACCCAGGUAUAAUUUUUUCAGGACUUUUUAGAUAGUACUAGAAAAUUAAGAAUUUUAAAAUGUCAUACUUUAAUUUUAUGAGGAAGAUUGGUUAUUUUCAAUUAUUAAAAUUAAAAGGCCAAAUCAGUUUUUAUGCAAUCAUGUUUUAUACGGUGUUUCAUUGCACAUUGUUUUUCUGCACUUUUUACACUAAUACUUAUCAAGCUGACAAGAGUCAAUAUAAACACCCUAAAGGAAAAUCCCACUUUAUGAUUGUGCCUUGUAUUCUAUUAUUUUGUGCAUCUUUAGUAAACUUAAGUUUUCUGUUGUAAAUGAUGACUAUAUGACUUAGGGGAAUGUAUUGCUGUAUGUACUGCUAUGGAAAAAACAGUUAUUUAUUAUGGCUACAUUUACUUGUUUUAUACUUUAAAAAACAAACAUUAAUACAGUUUUAUUGUUUAAAAGCAUUGUCCAGUUUCAAAGAAGAAAAAGGCAAAACAGUUGCAUGGUACAAAAAUGUAACCACAUUUUCAUUAAGAACUUGAGGGAGAGAAGCCAGUAAGUGAAAGAGCGCUGUUGUUAUUGUUUUGUAAAAACAACCCUGCUCUUGACCAAGAGGUGAAGAUGUGUGACAGUGAGAGGCCCUCUGAAUGUGUGCCCACCUGUCCAAAAGAUGGGUUGGACUGUCAACAUGAGCAGUAGAAUUUGGACGGAUGGAAUUUGAAUUUAACUUCAGCGUGAAUUCAGUUUUGUUUCCCUCCAAAGCGAUAAUUUGAUCUGCCAAGAAUUGUAGCACUGACUCUGUUUGGUAGCACAUACCGUUUUCAAUUGAGUUUUGAGAACUGCAUGUAGAUCAAGCCCCAGGAACUAUGGAUGCAACACCCUUUUCUGCACCCGCUUGUACACAUGCAGACACUGGGCAUUUUAGAUGUAAGGUGAAUUGAUACUCAUUGCAAAUCUCGUUAGUGGAAAAAUACCUGGUUUUAAAAACGUAUUUCUAAUUUUACUACAAAUACUCAUGUACAUAAUAGUCAUUCAUCCUUACUUAGCUAGUUGAAUAUCAUUAAUAUUUAAACCAGUUCUAUGAAAUGUGGGGCAUGGGAUAUUUUGUUUUAGUUGACUGGUUAAUUGGCAUUAACACCUCCAAGGCUGAAGAAGUUGAACUUCAUGGUCUGGCAUUAAGAAAGAAAAAUUUAGUCAUUGCUUCAUUGAAGACAGUUCGUACAGUACUUCCUAAAUUUUUAUUUACAAGGCAAUCCUCAAAAUUCUUCUGACAAGGCAAAACAUUUGUUCUUGUUACUGCUGCAUGAAGUAAUUACAUUAGAUUGGCUAUUAUGUUACAUCAGUGGGAGAGCUUGUUUCAUGUUCCACAAGAGAAGUUUAUAGUAAAUUUAAAUUUUCCAUUUCAAGAAUCUUCUUUUUUAAAAAAGUAAUCAAUUUUAAAUGUUUGAUUUCCUGAUAUGAUCUGCAUUUUAAAGAAACCACAAAGCAAAACAUGACACUUCAUUGCUGUAGUUACUUUGUUUAUAACUGUCACACUUGGUGUGGUUUAUGUAUAUACCAACAAGUAUGUGUAUAUAAUAUUGUAGAAUGGAAGAGUACAUAGAAACAUCAUGUCUGAAAAUUACAUGUGUCAAAGGUACAGAAUUCAAAAAAUUUCUUUUGCAGCACAAAAAUGUAUUCCCCCCUGUCAUGAUUAAUCUAUUUGUAUAGAAACACCACUUAAAAAUUUGUUAGAUUUUUUAAAAAACAAACGAACGUGCAUUAGCUUGUAUUGAUUUAACUUCAAUUACUGUAUUGGUUGGAUUUCCCUGAUCUGCAAAAUUAUUUUUAUACCAACAUAAAGAGCUUUUCAUCUAGCAUACUUUAAUAUGAGCAAUAAACACUGGUUGAAUAACUGGGUGGAUGGGCAAAAUUGUAGUGAAAUGUGUAAAUGGGUAUUAUUCUCUCAAGCAAAAUACAAUAUUUAUGACAUAUUCACAUUGGUAAAUAUCUUGCAGGUACAGUUUAAUUUGGUAGUUAACAGUCACACAGGUGAUUACAUUACAGACUUGGCAGUAAUGAAAGUGACGUAGUCUGCUAAUCCAACAGCUGAUACAGGGUGGUCCAUUGGUCCAUAAUGUUGAUUCCUAAAUUAUUUUAAUAUUAAUAGUAUUUGCUGUACAGUGGCGUUUGACCACAGCAUUCCAUGUCCUUUGGGAAAUAACUUGUUGAUUACUACUAAUUGCAGUAAUAUUUGUUUGGUAAAACACAGUCAGCAAGUUUAAAUUUUGUUCUCUGGGAGUUAAGCUUGAAUUACUGAAGAAGUACUUUUUAUCUUUGAGCUGUGACUCAAAAUGCAGCUUUACAAGAACUGUCUUCCUAUAGUGAUUGACUGCUGUGAGGUAAACUAGCACAGUUAUUUAUACUGUUCUUUCAGUUGUUAACUUGAUAUUACUUUGGAUCAAUCAGUGUAAAACACUGUCUAAAGAAAACUUGUGGAGCAUGUAGUGUGUAUCAAAUUUAAAAUAAAUAGGCACAUGCACGUAUCUCAAGUAUCUAGAUCAUGUGCUAUGUUGUAAUACAAACAUUUUUGAAAUACUAGGUUGGGAGUUUGGUUUUACAAGCUUUAUUACAUCUGAAGUAACUCAGAUAAUUAUUAAUAAUUGUUCAGGAUCCCAACAAGUACCCACACACUCAGCUCCUAUGUUUUGGUUUCUUUCAAGAGAGCAGAUACCAGUGUACUGAAGAAUAUGCAUCCUUACCUUUGAAUCAGCAGCUCAUUUUUGAAGAUUUUGGGCACAAUCUAAUCACGCUUUGGAAUCAGUUCAUGGAGCAGUGCAUGCAGGGGCUUCUUGCCCCUUUCCCUCCCCUCUUAGCCAGCAAACAAUCCCCCAAGUGGAGAGUUGCACUUGUGGGACAGCUGCACAUGCCUAACAGUGUAUGUAAGGGAACGGCUGGAUCGGGCCUUUAAUGUGCGUUUUCGUGUAUCUCUUAAUCUUGCACUUCAUGUAAUUGGACCUAAGCAUUAAUCUGAUAAAAGGGCUGUUCAGCUUCUGUUGUAAAUAAUGUAAAUACAUGUUUAUACUUUUUACAGAUGGUGUACAUUUCAUAUAUACUGGCUAGUCUGAAAAUUUAUUUCUAGUAUAACAAAUCUGGUAUCUCAUUUUUAAUAUGUUAACAUUAAAUGAUUUGUACAAUAAUCAGAAUUUUUAAUUACUAUUUGGAAAAUGGUGAUGUAAAAAUGUUAGUUCUAUAACUCAUCCAUUUGUUUUCCUGUUCAGUUCAGAACAUUUUACAAUAGAAGGUAAACCCUCUGUUUCAGGAAGGGUAACUUUUUUGAGUGAAAUAUGAUAAUAGUG